CCCGCCAACUCAUCGGGCCCAGCAACCGGUGCUCCGGAACGGAGCCUGCAGGAGGCCUCCGCGGAGCGGCGGCAGGGCUUAGGCUUAGCUCGGGGUGCUCCAACGCCCGGAGUUCUCUGGGCGUCUUCAACAGGAUCCCUCCCCAGAGUGUACUUCUGCUUCAUGGCGUCCUCAGAAAAGGGCCUUUCGGCUCCGACCUUUAAACACACUGCGUUGCUCUUCUUCCUCUGACCGUCAUGGCCCCGACUCUCCCUCUAACAGUCUCAGAAGGGCUCCGGUCUCCACCAGGCCUCUUUCUUUCUUGUGGUCCGAAGUGCCUCUUCCCUGCGCCGGGGCAGGGUCCACUUACAUCUCAGGGGUCUUCACCAGCAUCGCUGCGCCCUGGGCGGUGCUAGCUCUAGCCGCCAGAGGGCGCCGUCUGGGGCGGCGCGGAGCCGACGCGGCCUUUCCUCUCGCUGCUCGAGCCUCGCCCCCUCCGUUCGUGCCGCCGGAAGUGGGAGGUGUCGCGCGCGGGCCGGCGCUCGACCCCUCCCCCCGUGGCUCGGCCGCCCCCUCCCCCCGCUCCGCCCGCUCAGGUGCGUCCCGUCCCUCCCCCGUUCCUCCCGGGGGCGCGGCGCGGGAGAGCGCAAUGGCAGCAUCUGAGGUGGCUGGUGUUGUGGCCAAUUCCUCCAAUCCUCCGGAAUCCUCUUCUAGUUUAUGUGCUUCCAAAUCAGAAGAAAGUCUCCCAGAUGGUCUAAGCCCCAAAGACCCAGCGCAGAAGCAGAAGAACUCACCUCCAUCGAGUGUAAGUAGCCAAACGAUAACCAAGGAGAAUAACAGAAAUGUCCAUUUGGAACACCCAGAGCAGAAUCCUGGUUCAUCAGCGGGUGACACUUCAGCAGCGCACCAGGAGGUUUUAGGAGAAAACUUGAUAGCCACAGCCCUGUGUCUUUCUGGCAGUGGGUCUCAGUCUGAUUUGAAGGACUUGGCCAGCACAGCAGGAGAGGAGGGGGACACAAGCCUCCAGGAGAGCCUCCAUCCAGUCACUCGGUCUCUUAAGGCAGGGUGCCAUACAAAGCAGCUUGCCUCCGGGAAUUGCUCUGAAGAGAAAUCCCCACAAGCCUCCAUUCCAAAGGAAGGUAGCAGGGACACAGGCUUGGAUUUCCGACCUGUAGUGCCUCCAGCAAAUGGGGUUGAAGGAGUCAGAGUGGAUCAGGAUGAUGAUCAGGAUAGCUCUUCCCUGAAGCUUUCUCAGAACAUUGCUGUACAGACUGAUUUUAAGACAGCAGAUUCAGAGGUGAACACAGAUCAAGAUAUUGAAAAGAAUCUGGACAAAAUGAUGACAGAGAGAACCCUAUUGAAAGAACGUUACCAGGAAGUCCUGGACAAGCAGAGGCAGGUGGAGAAUCAACUCCAAGUGCAAUUAAAGCAACUUCAACAGAGGAGAGAAGAAGAAAUGAAGAAUCACCAGGAGAUAUUAAAAGCUAUACAGGAUGUGACAAUAAAGCGGGAAGAAACAAAAAAGAAGAUAGAGAAAGAAAAGAAGGAGUUUUUGCAGAAGGAACAGGAUCUGAAAGCUGAAAUUGAGAAGCUUUGUGAGAAGGGCAGAAGAGAGGUGUGGGAAAUGGAACUGGAUAGACUCAAGAAUCAGGAUGGAGAAAUAAAUCGGAACAUCAUGGAAGAGACAGAGCGGGCCUGGAAGGCAGAGAUCUUAUCACUAGAGAGCCGGAAAGAGUUGCUGGUAUUGAAACUAGAAGAAGCAGAAAAAGAAGCAGAAUUGCACCUUACUUACCUCAAGUCAACUCCCCCAACACUGGAGACAGUUCGUUCCAAACAGGAGUGGGAGACUAGACUAAAUGGAGUCCGGAUAAUGAAAAAGAAUGUUCGGGACCAAUUUAAUAGUCAUAUCCAGUUAGUGAGGAAUGGAGCCAAGCUGAGCAGCCUUCCUCAAAUCCCUACCCCAACUUUGCCUCCACCCCCAUCAGAGACAGACUUCAUGCUUCAAGUAUUUCAACCCAGUCCCUCCCUGGCUCCUCGGAUGCCCUUCUCCAUUGGGCAGGUCACAAUGCCCAUGGUUAUGCCCAGUGCAGAUCCCCGUUCCUUGUCUUUCCCAAUCCUGAACCCUGCCCUUUCCCAGUCCAAUCAGCCUUCCCCACCCCUUCCUGGCUCCCAUGGGAGAAAUAGCCCUGGCUUGGGUUCCCUUGUUGGCCCCCAUGGUCCACACAUGCCCCCUGCCGCCUCCAUCCCGCCUCCCCCAGGCUUGGGCGGUGUUAAGGCUUCUACUGAAACUCCCCGGCCCCAACCAGUAGACAAACUAGAGAAGAUCCUGGAGAAGCUGCUGACUCGGUUCCCACAGUGCAAUAAGGCCCAGAUGACCAACAUUCUCCAGCAAAUUAAGACAGCACGUACUACCAUGGCAGGCCUGACCAUGGAGGAACUAAUCCAGUUGGUAGCUGCACGACUGGCAGAACAUGAGCGGGUGGCAGCAAGCACUCAGCCACUUGGUCGGAUCCGGGCCUUGUACCCUGCUCCACUGGCCCAAAUCAGUUCCCCAAUGUUCUUGCCUUCUGCCCAAGUUUCAUAUCCUGGAAGGUCUUCACAUGCUCCAGCUACCUGUAAGCUGUGUCUGAUGUGCCAGAAACUUGUCCAGCCCAGUGAGCUGCAUCCAAUGGCAUGUACCCAUGUGUUGCACAAGGAGUGUAUCAAAUUCUGGGCCCAGACCAACACAAAUGACACUUGUCCCUUUUGUCCAACUCUUAAAUGAUGGACCUGACUGGGAGGAAGAAGAGGAAAACUGAUGUGAACAGGAAGCGCGGGUUCAAGAUUUCUAAAACUCUAUAUUUAUACAGUGACAUAUACUCAUGCCAUGUACAUUUUUAUUAUAUAGGUAAUGUGUGUAUAGAAAGUCUGUAUUCAAAUGUCGUAAAUGAAAGUAUGUAUAUUAUGCAGAAACAGUUUGUUCCCCCUCAUCUUGCAGUUCUUUUGGGGGUUGCAGAUUAUAGGGAAGAUGAUGUUUAAUUUGGCCUUGAAAUGUGAUAUCCCUGCCUGGGGCUGUUCUCAAAUACAUCUAGGAAGCUGCUGUUGCUCUGAGGCCAUCCUGCUUUGGUUUGACUCAGCCUGUAGUUCAUUUCCUUAAGGCUCAUGUAUGCAGAUUUGAAGCCUGGUGCUCACCUGCUGUCCAACCAGAUGCCUUGCUUACUGAGAGCCAUUGCAAGCCUCAGUGUUGUUCUAGUCACUCCUCUUGAAAUGGAUGAAAUGAGACUCUCUGAUUGAGGAAAAAAAUGUAACCCUAAUAGUUUGACUCUUCAUUGAAUAUUUUACUGUGUUAAUGCUCAUUAUUUAUACAUAGACAUUAGGUUUACAGAAUAUUCUGUUUUACAUCAGCAAAAUUCACAGUCCAGGAAUAACAACCACAUAACCAGGUCCCAUUUCCCCUGCCAGCUUCUGUCCAACCUACUUUCUGGAUAGAAAUUAGCACAACCCACAGGUUUUUUCAUGGGCUAAGCCAUUCCUUGUUACCAUUGACUUGACUUCUAGUCUAGUUCUGACAGGCCACUUCGUAAAGUCCUCACCCCUUCCCUUUCCCUCUGGUCUCCUAGUAUAGCUAACCCCCCUCCCCCUGAAGGUUAAGGCAGUUGGUUCACAACCAAGUUGUUUGGUGACCUUGGGUGAGCUCCAGACAGGCACUGGGGUGAGGAGGUGUCUGUGCAAAAUUACUUGCAGAAUGAUCUUGGGAUGCUGGGUUUUAAUUUCUGAAGCAAGAAGGAUAUAGGGGACAUGUUUCCCGCCCUGGGGAAAAUGGAGACCAAAGUGAUAUGAAGAAGGAAGGUGAGUGGCUGGGGAUAUAGCUCAGUUGGCAGAGUGCUUGCUUCGCAUGCACAAGGUCCUGGGUUCAAUCCCCAGCACCACAAAAAAAAAAAAAAAAAAAAGGGAGGUGGGGUUUCACAUUUAUAAAUCAUUUGUUCUGUGAAUAGUUAUCUGGACUAGAUCAUUUUUCCACCUCUGCUUAUUGAGCACUCUGGCUUUUAGGUUUUAUACCUGUGACUAUUAGAGCUUUGAAUCAUUUUCUAUCCUUUUAUCUUUACUCCUUUAGGAAAUGGCUUCUGCUCCCUUCUCUUUUGGAAUUAAGCAAGUAAAAACUGAGUGUUAAUUACAAAAAAAAAAUGUCUCCAGAGGAAAGACAUCAUUAUAUUACUGGCAACUUGACGUUUCUCCAUUCUGGGACUUGGAAAUGCUUACUGGUACCAGCAAUAUGUGCCAGGGUGGCAAAGACGUUUGCUUUCAGAUCCAACUAAAUGCUCUUGUCUUGUUUCCAUUUUCCUUUUUUGUCUUUCAUUGUCACCUAUCAGCUCAUGAAUGAAUUCUUUCUCUUUUCUGUUGUCUUACUUGCCCAGGUUUAUAGACCAGCAUCAGUGUAAGAAGCUGGACAUGCUGGGAUCUUGUAGGGUGAUUGGAAUGGCCUAAGUACUCAACUCUUCAGAGGUCAGAUUACCUACUUUCUUUGGUUAAUGAAAUAUCACUGCUUGCAGUUUGGUACUGACAUGACAGGAAAGGUGACAAAAUGGAAGACCAGUUCCUUUGUUCUUUUCAUUUGGGGAGGGUUAAAUUUUAACUCUUUUAAGAUUUUUCUCUCCUUUCAGCCUUUUAGUAGCCUUGGGCUACCUAUAAAAUCUUCUGGUGUCCCCUGAAAAUUUGGAAAUUAGAGAUAGGUGUAAGGAAUAUCAUUUCUUUUCCAAAAAAUCUUUGAAGCCAAAGGAAUAGAGAGAGAAGAAAGAAGGAAUGGAUGGGGGCUUAACUGCUUUCCCAGUGAAAGCCCCCAGGAAGCCAACUCCAGCAGGAGGAUGAGGGUUUCAGAGAGAGUUGUACCUGGUGGCUAGGGCCUCAUCAUUGCUCUUUUGUCAUCUUUGUUCAGGGUCAAUCAGAAAGCAACGCAUAAGUUUUGGCCACCCCUGUUCUCCCUUCUCCCUCUGCCCACUGGCUUGUAGCAGUAAAAACCAUGCAGUCCAAAGGCAAAGGCCCCAAAUGCAGUGAAUGGAGAUGGGACAGUCAUUUUUCAGAAGUAGAAUUUAAAAAUAGAGCUGUAUAAUACAUAUUUUUACAAGCAAGAAACUGUUGUCAAGAUUUUUUUUUUUUCACACUUAGAGUUCAUAGUUUCAGGGUAGAAAGGAAGUAACUGUAAAAAAAAAUAAGUGCAAGUUUUCUCUUAAAAAAAAUAA